AAAUGUGAUUUUCUUUCCCUCUAUUUUUGUGAUGAAAAGAAACAAAAAAUAAACUACAAACUCCGCCGUCCCUCCCCCCAACAUUUUUUUCGUUCUUUCGUAAGUUCUCAAACCAAACACAGUACUCCAUUCCUUAACAUUUGAUUUUUCCUUCCUGAUUCCCGGAACCAAACAUAGUAUAAAAUGACCAAACCAAUGAAAACUUGGGAACAAAAAGACCCAUUUGGGAGUGUGGCAUAGUGCACAACUUGGAGGUGCAUGAAUCUUGUGCAUGUCCUGCAGCAUCCAUUAUAAAAUCAACAAAGGGUUAGUAGUAGUAGUAGUACUAUAUGUACGUUUGUUUCAUACUCUAAAUAUAAUUAUGGCCCUUGAUAUUGUCACCAUCUUGACACAGUCAAUGCCCUGUUUGGUUGUAUUAUUAUUAUUUCUUACCUUCUCUCAGCAUAAAUAAAAAAAAUACUUAAUGGUUUACAACUACUGCCCCUGCUGCAGAGAUUAUUAGUAUUAUUUUGCUAAUAAAAUCCUUUGUUUUAGAAUUUUAAUUUUCAAUUUGCAGACUUUAUGUUCUCAUGGUGAAGUUUAUAAGAGCAGCAGCAAUUCAUAGUUUCAGCUGGUUUCCCAUCUCUGGCUGCAAUUAGCCAAGUAGACAAACACACCUUUUGAUUCUGAUUACUCCAGAGGUACUUCUUCAUUAUAUGCAUUUUUUUAAAGUUCUUUUUAAAUUGCUUUUUUAAAAAAGGGUUCUUUUUUAAAUUAAUUAUUACUCCCUCUGUUUUGAUUUUGUUAACAUUUUUUUCCCAGGGCAUCUGUACUUAACCUUCCACUUAGCACAUUUAGUACACAAUUGAUUCUGAAUGGUCAAAAACACCCCUAAAGAACUAAUUUCAAGAUUUUUUUAAAUUUCAUUUUACUGAUGCUCCUUAAAUUUGAGAUAUUUUGGAAAGUGUACCACAAAAUCUGGGAAAAAAGGAGUAUUUAACAGGUUCAGAGAUGACUUAUCUGCAUAGGAAGUUGAUGUAGAAUCUGCACUAUUAGAGUCUUUUCUUGAAGUUCUUGAUUUUCUUGAACUGAGAAAGAUGGAGUUUUUCUGCUUCAUUUGACACCAAUAUUGUCUUUUUGGUACAGGAGAUUGGUUGGUGGGGAAAGGCAAAGUAUUCAUCAGUGUGGGCUUCAAUCAUGUCUUUUCCUCCAUGGCUCUCUUCUCUUGAGUGUUCAUCUUCUGCAAUUAUUGACUCUUCCAAACACUCCUCAUCCUUUCUCACCCUCUCAAUCCAAUGGCUGAGAUUCAUUUUCCUGUCACCAUGUCCCCAGAGACUCCUCUUUUCAGCCGUUGAUCUCGUCUUCCUGCUCACCCUAGUAAUGCUAGCCAUCCAAAAGCUAUGCAAGAGGUUCAUAUUUAGGAGGAGAAACAAAAGAUCAUAUGAGAAUGGAUUUGAGAGGCCACACAGCUUCAGAGCCAACUUUUGGUUUUAUCUAUCUUUGGUUGUCACUUCUCUCUUGGCUUUAACUUAUACCAAUCUUUGCAUAUUCACAUUCCUCAGAGGUGUCAAAUCCAAAUGGGAUAUCAUAGAAGCCAUGUUUAUGUCACUUCAAGCCCUCACUCAUAUAGUGGUCUUCGUCCUCGUCGCACUCGAGAAAAGAAAUGGGGCGGGUGAUCAUGCAGUGCCCGUUCGGGCAUAUUUCGCAGCAGAUUUUUUGGUUGUGUGUCUGUUUGCUGCCUCUUCGGUUAUCCGAUUUGUCCAUUUCGGGUACCAAAAGGAUUCGAAGACGAGCGUGGAUGAUUUGGUUUUCUUGGGAGCCCUCCCUCUCUGUGGAUACCUCUUUGUCCUGACCCUUCGUGGAUCGACAGGCGUCGUCAUCGGCACGAACCGGGAGGAGGGUCCCACUGACGUGAGUGGAUAUGCAACUGCUUCAUUGCUGUCGAAGGCGGUGUGGAAUUGGAUGAAUCCCUUAUUGAGUCAGGGAUAUAAGUCCCCUCUAACGAGCGACCAAGUCCCUUCCCUUCCACCCGAUCUCCGGGCAGAGCGGAUGCGACAACUCCUGGAAAAGAAUUCGCCCAAACCUGCAGGUCAUGGCGCUACUACUAUUACCACUACCACUAAACACCCGGUAUUUAAAGCGCUAGCGAGGUGCUUCUGGAAGCAGUUUUUCUUCACGGGUUUCCUCGCGGUGGCGCGUUUGGGCGUCAUGUAUGUGGGCCCACUCCUCAUAGACAGUUUUGUCACAUUCACUUCCGGGGACAGGACAAGGAACCCUUACAAAGGGUACUACCUAGUGAUGGCCCUUCUGUUGGCAAAACUGGUAGAAGUCAUGACCUCCCAUCACUUCAAUUUCCACACCGCGAAACUUGGGAUGAUGAUCCGCAGUUCCUUAAUAACAACAUUGUACAAGAAAGGCCUGCGUCUGUCUGGCUCCGCAAGGCAGGCGCACGGUGCAGGACAGAUAGUGAACUACAUGGCGGUCGACUGCCAGAUCAUCGCUGACAUGGCACCACAGAUACACGCCAUGUGGAUGACCCCCUUGCAGCUCGCGGCCGCCUUGCUCCUCAUAUACAUCUACAUCGGCAUCCCGGUCGUCGCGUCCCUAGGCGCGGUUUUUGUCCUUACCGUCUUCACUUUCCUCGUCACCCUCGCGUCAAACCUCUUCCAGUUCCAUCUGAUGCAGAAUCGCGACGCGAGGAUGAAAGCCAUAAAUGAGUUACUCGCGAACAUGCGCGUGAUCAAGUUCCAAGCAUGGGAAGAACACUUCAGCAAGAAGAUAGCCGCGUUGCGCGGGAUGGAGUUCAAAUGGCUGAGCAAAAUCAUGUAUGUGAUGGCCAUGAACUUGUCGCUCCUAUGGAGCAUACCGAACAUCAUUGCCGCCCUGACAUUCACGGCGGUGGUUCUGUUCAGAGUCCCUCUUGAUCCCGGCACGGCUUUCACGGCGACAACAGUGCUCAAGAUUCUGCAAGAACCAAUCAGAACCUUCCCCCAGACGCUCAUUGCUUGUGCACAGACAUUCACAUCACUCACCAGGCUUGAUGCAUAUCUGACAAGCCCGGAGUUGGACAAUGAGUUUGUGCAGAGAGGAGGAGGAGGAGAAAGUUGCGGAGUUGCGGUUGAAGUGAAAAAUGGGUACUUUUCUUGGGAGGAUGAUGAAGAUGAGAAGAAAUGUGUGUUGAGAGAUAUAAACUUUGAAGUUAAGAAGGGGGAGCUUGCAGCCAUUGUUGGAACAGUGGGAUCAGGGAAGUCUUCCUUAUUAGCUUCGGUUCUUGGUGAACUUCAUAAAUCAUCAGGAGAGGUAAGAGUGUGUGGGAGUACAGCUUACGUGGCGCAAACCUCAUGGAUACAGAAUGCAACAAUUCAAGACAACAUCUUGUUUGGUUCACCAAUGGACAGGGAAAGAUACAAGAAAACCAUACAAGUUUGCUCUUUGGAGAAAGACUUGGAGGUUCUGGAAGAAGGCGACCAAACAGAGAUUGGAGAAAGGGGAAUAAACCUGAGUGGCGGACAGAAGCAGAGAAUUCAACUGGCCAGAGCUGUUUAUCAGCACUCUGAUGUUUAUCUUCUUGAUGACGUCUUUAGUGCUGUUGAUGCUCAUACUGGCUCUGAAAUUUUCAAGGGAUGUGUGAGGGGAGCUUUGAAAGAUAAAACAGUACUCCUCGUAACUCACCAAGUUGAUUUCCUACACAAUGCUGAUCUUAUACUGGUGAUGCGAGAUGGCAUGAUCGUACAAUCUGGAAAGUACCAGGAGCUUCUAGAAUCUGGCAUGGAUUUCGGAGCUCUGGUAGCUGCACAUGAGAAUUCCAUGGAUCUGGUGGAAAUGACAACAGCAUCUGCCUCAAAGAAAAGCCUCCCCAAAUCGCCGCCACGGCACCAACAGUCUCCUCCCAGAUCACCGCCGGCGGUUCAUAAAUCCGGCGAUCAGCCGGAACCAAACGACGACCAGCCCGGCGGCCCUAACUCGAAGCUGGUGGAAGAGGAGCAGAGAGAAACAGGACACGUGAGCUUCGACGUCUACCGCCAAUACGCCACGGAGGCGUACGGGUGGUGGGGAGUGGCGGCAGUGGUGGUUUCGUCACUUCUGUGGCAACUGGCACUGAUGGCAAAUGACUAUUGGCUCGCGUACGAAACCUCGAGCCCCAAUGGCUUCAAACCUUCUCUGUUCAUCAUCGUAUAUUCCGCCAUUGGAGGCUUUCUGUUCCUGCUUGUCGUUCUCAGAUCGUUCGUUGUCGCCGCUUUAGGGUUGAAGACAUGCCAGAGCUUGUUCAAUCAAAUCAUUGACAGCAUCCUCCACGCUCCCAUGUCCUUCUUCGACACAACUCCCUCCGGAAGAAUUCUCAGUAGAGUGAGUAUACAAAACCCUAAGUUCCAUUGUUAUCAAUCCUUCCAUUUUUGAGAUCUAUAGUUCCACAAUUUCUAUCAAUUCAGGCAUCAUCCGAUCAAUCCAUAGUCGAUUUCAUCAUUCCAUUGUUCAUGAGCACAUCACUGGCGAUGCUCUUCACAGUGAUCGGCAUACUGAUCGUCAUGUGCCAGAACGCUUGGCCCACUGUAUUCCUUCUCGUCCCUCUCAUCUGGCUUAAUCUCUGGUACAGGGUAAUGAAAUCUCCCAAAUCGA